GAGCGGCGAGGGCCGGGGUCGGUGCGGCCCGGCUCAUGCCAUGGCGAGCUCCGAGCGGAGCGCGCUGCUCACGUACCGCCUGUGCGGUGGCUCGGGCGAUGAGGAGAGGAGCCGGGAGCACGGCCGCGGCCGGGCCGACGCCGCCGCCCCCCGCAAGCUGCCCACCUUCCUGGGCGUUGUGGUGCCCACGCUGCUCUCCAUGUUCAGCGUCGUCCUAUUCCUGCGCCUCGGGUUUGUGGUAGGCCAUGCUGGGUUGUACCAAGCUCUGGCCAUGUUUGCAGUGGCAUACUUCAUCAUCGGCAUGACUGUGCUGUCUGUGUGUGCCAUUGCCACCAAUGGAGCACUGGAUGCUGGAGGAGCCUACUAUAUGAUCAGCCGUGCACUGGGCCCAGAGUUUGGGGGCAGCAUUGGGAUCAUGUUUUUUCUGGCCAACGUGUGUGGCAGUGCCCUCUACGUGCUGGGACUGGUGGAGGCAGUGGUGGACAGCUUUGGGAUCCCCCCUGGGCAAACAGCAGGCAUAGGCAUCCACGUCCUGCCCCAGAGCUACUGGUAUGAGCUGCUCUAUGGCACUGUCUUACUGGCCCUCUGCCUCCUUGUGUGCCUUGUGGGUGCCUCCAUCUAUGCCAAGGCCACCUUCCUCAUCUUCCUCAUUGUUGCUGGUGUCCUGGGCACCGUCCUCGUCAGCUUCUUUGCCACGCGACCCAUUGGGGUGCCCAUCCGGUUGCCCCGCUUCAACAGCUCUGAGAAUGGCUCCUUCACUGGCUUCUCACUUGCCACCCUGCGAGGCAACCUGGACGGUGGGUAUGGGGUGGACUACACCACUGGGCAGAUGAUGAGCUUCAGCUCCGUGUUUGCAGUGAUGUUCAACGGCUGCACAGGCAUCAUGGCAGGCUCCAACAUGUCAGGGGACCUUAAGCGCCCGAGCUACUCCAUUCCACGGGGCACCAUCUCUGCUGUGCUCUUCACUUACCUCAUCUACAACCUGCUGGCUUUCCUCAUGUGUGCCACCUGUGACAGGACCCUCCUGCAGAAAGACUACGGGUUCUUGCGUGACAUCAGUAUCUUCCCACCCCUGGUCACAGUGGGCAUCUAUGCUGCCACCCUCUCCGCAGCCAUGAGCAAUCUCAUUGGGGCAUCCCGCAUCCUCUAUGCCCUGGCCCGGGAUGAUCUCUUUGGCCGGGCACUGGCGCUGGCCAAGAAGACGUCUGCCAGUGGGAAUCCUGUGAUGGCAGUGAUCCUCUCCUGGCUGGUGGUGCAGCUCGUCCUCUUCUCUGGGAAGCUCAACACCAUUGCAGGGGUCGUGACUACCUUCUUCCUUCUCGUUUAUGCCACCGUCAACCUGGCCUGCCUCGCACUGGAGUGGGCAUCAGCCCCCAACUUCAGGCCCACCUUCCGGUACUUCACCUGGCACACGUGCCUGCUGGGCAUUGCAGGCUGCUGCGUCAUGAUGUUCCUCAUCAGCCCUGUGUCGGCCUCAGCAAGCCUAGGCUUCCUCCUCCUCCUCCUCCUUGCUCUCCACUACCUCUCGCCCAGCAGCACUUGGGGCUACAUCAGCCAGGCCCUCAUCUUCCACCAGGUGCGAAAAUAUCUGCUGAUGCUGGAUGUGCGCAAGGACCAUGUCAAGUUCUGGCGCCCACAGAUGCUGCUGAUGGUGCAGAACCCACGGGGUAGCACCCGCCUCAUUGACUUCGUCAACGACCUCAAGAAGAGUGGCCUCUAUGUCCUGGGCCAUAUUGAGCUGCAGGACUUGGAUGCACUGCCUUCGGACCCGCUGCAGCCCCAGCAGGACUCAUGGCUGAGCUUGGUGGACAAGCUGAACGUCAAGGCCUUUGUCAGCCUCACCCUUGCGCCCUCAGUACGGCAUGGUGUCCGGCAGCUCCUCUUCACCUCUGGCCUUGGUGGGAUGCGUCCCAACACCUUGGUGCUGGGCUUCUACGAUGAUGCAGUGCCACAGGAUGGUCUGGCCCAGCACCCUGCCUUCACCAGCACCCGUGAGGAGGUCCCCCUGGGCUUCCCGCCUCUGCGGGCAUCUGCUGCACCCAAGCUGCUGUCACCCCGGGAGUAUGUUGGCAUUGUGGCUGAUGCCCUGAAGAUGCUUCGCAAUGUUCUCCUAGCCAGGCAGCUGGAGAGCCUGGACAAAGCCUGGGAGCUGCGGCGGGCUGCAAGCCCCCCGCCCUCCAUCCAUGUCUGGCCUGUCAACCUGCUGCGGCCCGACAGCGCCCGCUACGCCGACACCUGCAGCCUGUUCCUGCUGCAGAUGGCCUGUGUCCUCAACAUGGCGCGAGCCUGGCGCCGGGCACGCCUUCACCUCUUCCUCUGCGUAGAGGCAGGCACCAUGCCCCAUGCCCAAGAGGAGAAGUUGCGCCAGCUCCUCAAAGACUUGCGCAUCCAGGCCCAGAUCCAUCUGGUGCCCUGGGACGCUGUCACCCGCCUGCACUGGCAAAGCCGCCAGGGACCCCCAGGGGGGCCAGCAGAGGAGGAGGAGGAAGAGGCCGUGAACUUCCCAGCCAACACUACCCAAGUGACGGAUGAGUACAUCUGUGCUGCCAACAGACUCGUCCUGGAGCAGAGCCCUGUGCCAGCUGUGCGCUUCCUCUAUCUGCCACGGCCACCGGCCGACAUCAACCUCUACCCGCUCUACCUGCAUCAGCUGGAGCUGCUCACCCGCGGGCUGGGCCCCACCGUGCUGGUGCACGGGGUGAGUGCUGUCACCAGCACCCAGCUCUAGGUCACCCCAUGUCUCCCUGCAGCUUCCUUCACCCAGUGCCUUUAGCAGCCCAAGCCUGGGGAUGGCCCCAGCCUUGGUUGGCCCCACCUUGGUGGGCAGGGAGGUGUCAGGGGCUGGGUGCCCUGGGGGGCUGGGUUUUUUAUUGGGAGGGUGUCUCCUGCCGAGGAUUAAAGCUGACCUGGCUGGAUCCAGGCACAGCCCUGGCACCUCCUGGGCAGCACGGUGCA